AUGUUAGGUUUUAUAUUACUUUUACUAGUUUAAGCUCAAAUUAGAAAAUAUGAUUGGAUCAACAAUUACUUCGCAUUACAAUGCACAUGUUUAAGUGAAUGUUGCAUAUAUGGUUCAUUUAUUUUAAAAAACGACAAAGUUAUGAAUACAAAUUUCGUAUAGAUAGAUGCUAAAUUAUAAGGAUCAGGAUGUACUCAAUAUACUGUUGAAGAUGUCAUAUGUACUCUAGAAUCACCUACUGAUGUUCAAACUACAUUGAGUUGCCCACUGUAAGGUUGGGAAUGGUUAGUCUCGAGGGACAGCAAUACUGGAUCAAUAUAUUGGACGGAUAACAAUAAUUGCCAAGGAGUUUGGAAUGUAAUCGAUUUGUCUGCCAAUUCAGUGGUUUAUAUUUUCAGCCCUAUUAUUUUGGUUGGAACAAUCAUCUAUCAUUUGUUAUGA